UCCUCGCACCAAAACUCAUCAACCAAACCGCCUAUUUCUGUUGCUCCUCGCACCAGGCAAUUCGGCGCUUCUCUUGUUGCCUCCUCGCACACGUGCGCCUGUCACCAUGCUGGCUUAAACUCCCGCAUAGACCAUGACCGCCGUGUCGACACAACAAACGUCACCCCCUCCGCUGCUCCCCAACCGCAACUCCUCCGCCAGCUCCAGGCCGCCGCCGACACACGACCGCCACCACCACACGACCGCGAACGACCUUCUUGCGACCGGAACCACGAUGGCGCUGAGAUCGGAGCUCAACGGCUCUUCCGCGCCCGCAGUCGAGGUUAAUGGAGAUGCCUCCAGAGCGCGACCAAUGACCAACGGGCGUUCAUCUCACGACGCGAGCGUCAACGGUGAUGAUGACCCACGACCUUCGAGUGCGCCAGGACGACGGAACGGUGCCCUAAUUCUAGAUGCCAGAGAUGAUGUGGAACCGCAACGAGUACAACGACCCAUGAAGCCACUGCUUCUCCGAUCCAAGAGUGAAUACGCGCAUCGAGCUCUGGAGGACCCGGAGCCGAUAGAGGAUGACAUUCCCGAAUGGGGGGCUCGACAUGGCUUCGAGGACCACUAUCAGUCCGAGGAUAUCAUUUCCCAGCUUGCAAACGUGAGUUACAAGUUCUAUUCUAUCUCCGUCCAUAGCAGCCGGUGUCGUCUUCAUGUGGUACAUGCAUCUCUGUCUCCAGCGGCUCGAUGACGAUGGGAAUGUGGUUUUCUGGCACACUUCGCGCUCAAACCUCUUCACCUCGGUCCUAGAGUUUCU